AUGGACCUUGAAGCCGCUGUUGAGAAGAGACUCUUGCAGUUGAAUAAGUUAGAUGAGUUCAGGCUGCACUCUUAUGAAAAUUCUAAGCUUUACAAAGAGAAAACGAAAAGAUGGAAUGACAAGCGUAUCAAGCCAUGUCACUUCAAGCCAGGCCAACAUGUAUUAUUGUUCAAUUAUAGGCUCAAACUGUUUCCUGGGAAAUUAAAAUCGAGAUGGUCAGGCCCGUUUGGGGUGGUGAGAGUCACUCCUUAUGGUGCAAUUGAGUUGCGUGCUUUAAAUGGUGAAAGUAAUUUUUUAGUGAAUGGACACAAAGUCAAGCACUAUUGGGGAGGAAUAAUUGAUCAUGAGAAGACCAAAGUUGUACUCGUUGAUGAGUAA